AUGAAGGAGAGUCGACAGUUGUUCGAUGUCCGAGUUAAGUAUUUCGACCGCUGCACCGACGAUGCGACAGAAUUGGACUCGCGAAACCUUGGUUGGAGCACAGGUUCAGGCGAAAGUCAACAGGAACCACUGCCAAAAGAACAAUCGACGACGACGAUGACGCCGCCACCUCUACCUCCGCCCCUGGCAACGACAGCGUCUGCUUUCAUGGGCCAUGCGGUUGCAGCAUUUGUUGAGUUGACACACAAGAACUCAGGAGAAGACGCCUCAAACAACGGGCAUCAGGCAGACCCGCCUACCCAAGACGGCGCCUCCAACGGGGUGGGUCUGUUCUUCGGAUUCGCCGAAUCAAUUGCAGUCUCUUUUCAGGCGAUCCAAGAGCAGCCAAAUUCGCCAUCACCACUAGGCGUAACUGGUGAUGUGUGGUCGGUGAGGUUCGAGGACUACCAUAAGGAAGUCUGUCGACGCAGCCGCAAGGCGCUAACGCUGCUACGAUGUGAAAAGGUUCAAUCAGCUCCAUUCAACGUGUUUUUUCUGCUCUCAACUUGGGAAUGUCCAUGUCUCGUGUCUGCGGUAGCCACCUCACAGCUCCAGGAUGGUGUUGGAAGCAUUCCACGCGAGUCACCGUCUCGGGCACGCCCGACAGUUGUCUACGCCAUCGUGCUGGCACACUCACAAGACGUGGGUGGGCGAGUUUGUGUGGGCUUUGUCACUGCCCUUCGUUGA